CCCAGCUUCGCGAGUCAUUUCGUCCAGUGAGCCGCUCCUUCCUAAUCCUCCUCUUACUCAAACUUCCUGCAUCCUCUCCACCCGAUCCCAUCAAGGCGCAUUAGCUAGCUAUCAACUGUACGCUGUAUGCCCCGUAGGAACCCGUGAAGAUCACCAUGCAGGACCCAGACUUCGUAACCACCCCAGGCAGCCCCCAACACCAUUCCAACAAACGCAAGCGAUCCGCCGUUGGCGCAUCCGCCUCUUCGCGUUCGGUCGCGAGUCUCACCCCCGAGCAGCUUGCGCGAAAGCGUCAGAACGACCGGGAAGCCCAGCGUGCGAUCCGUGAAAGGACCAAGACACAAAUUACCCGACUCGAGGACCGAGUCCGUGAAUUGCAGUCGGAGCAGCCGUACCAUGAUCUUCAGGCGGCGAUCCAGCAGAAGGAGGCUGCAGAAAGAGCAAAUGAGGAUAUUCGAAGACGGCUGACCUCAGUCAUUGCUUUGAUUCAACCUAUUGUAGGAGGCCAGAGUCUCAAUGAUUUAGCGACCGCAGCCCAACAAGAAAGGGACCCGAGGGCUGAAUCGAGCACGAACGGAAACGCAAGACCCGCUGCGGAAACCCGCGACACACAGGCUGCAACAGAAGCACACUGGACAUAUCCUUCCGCAGCACCUACGAGUAACAUUCGAGGAUGGUCAUCGACCCCAUCGGCCCCGGAUCAGUCGCGGAGCAAUAUCCAUCCUGGCCUGCAAUAUGGCAACCUCGAUGAGCGGCUUGGUGUCGAUUUCAUACUGGACGGCAACCAGCGACUCCUCAAUGUCGCCAACGGCGUCCCUCCCGAAUCUGCGACCACCUCCCCCCGACUACAUCAUACGACCAUUCCUCUAUCCCAGACACCGAUCCAUGCCUACUCGAUCCUGCCGCAGCAUAUCGCACCGACCUUCACCUUGGAUUCCAUCUUCCUCAAGUUCUUGGCCGAGAGGCAACAGCUCGCGAAAGAAGGGGCAUCGUCCAAAGUGAUCGCGGGACCCCGUUACCCGAACUUCGCCCCGUUGCUCAAUCAAUCUACUAAUUCCUACUCACAUCCGCUAUCCUAUGUGAUGACCGAUAUCGUUCGCACAUUUCCUGAUCUGCGGACCCUGCCGGAAAAGGUCGCGGUCGUACACAUCAUGUUUCUGAUUAUGCGCUGGAAGAUUGAACCGACACGAGAGAACUAUGACCGGUUGCCAGAUUGGCUCCAGCCACGACCAAGCCAGCUAUUUACACCUCAUCCCGUCUGGUUUGAUUAUCUGCCAUGGCCCAAAAUGCGAGACUUGAUGGUCCAACAGGAUCCAUGGACGGUCUUCGACACCUUCUUUAUCCCAUACACCACCACCAUCUCCGUCAACUGGCCCUAUGAUCCGAAAGAGUGCCUGAUCCCCGCUCCCGCACAGUCGUCCGCCUCCGUUCCCGGAGCGUCGCCGCACAGCGGGGCUGCGGGUCUGUCUCCACACGGUGCGCAGACCCCCGACAGUGACAUCGCCGACAACGCGCCCGGCGGAUGGCAGAUCAAUCCGCUCUUUGAGGCGCACGUCCUCACGCUUGCCAAUUGGUCGCUGGGCCCUGCUUUUGCGGAGCAGUUCCCGGAGCUGGCGGCGAUGGUGAGGAUUGUUGACACAUGAAGAUGGAGCCGACGAGUGUCGGACGCUGAACUUGGAAUGUCCUCACAUUACAUUCUGUGUCAAUAAGGUUAUCGGGUUCGAGGAGGCGAUGGAUAGGGCAUUGAUAUCGCGCCAUUCUCAUAUAUCGCAACGGCAUGUACACCUGGUGGUGCUUAUAGCGCAAUGCCCAGGAGGCGUUCCGAAUAUCGAUACCAACCAUUUGCAGGGGUAGGCAUGGAUGCUUGUCCCUGAUGAUUUAUGUCUCCAGCCGUUUUAGCAAGAACAUAUUAAUAGCGCUUGAAGGGUCUUGAGGCGUGGAAUAUUUUCGGUGGUUUGAUAGUUCUCAUCCUCACCUUCAGGGCGAGCGACGUAAUUCAAAGACCUUAAUCGAGUAAUCAUCACGACCAC